AUGUCGCAAGUUCCUCUGUGCGAUGAGCAUAAACCAUCCUGUAGGAACUGUAUCAAGCACGCGGUCCCGUGCGACUUUCUCCAGUCCCAACGGCAGUCUUCCGCGUCAUCGCUCCCGAGAUCGCCGGGGGGCACCGAGUCUCAGGGUCCGAGUAACGGCACCCACGGCGGUUCAAUCCCGGGCUUUGGCGGAGGCGGAGGCGUCGACGACCUGUCGCUGAAUCUCAUCGACCUCGAGCUGAUGCAUAACUUCACCACCUUUGCCUACACGACCUUAUCGACCGACCCCGUCGUCCGGCAGAUGUGGAAGGUCCCCGUCGUGCGGCUGGCCCUCGAGUGCGACUACGUCAUGCGCGCCUUGCUCUCCGUGUCGGCGCUUCACCUGGCCCAUCACAGGCCCGAACGGAGAGACUUCUUCAUCAGCCGGGCGCUCACCUAUCACCAGAUGGCCAGCCGGACGGCCAUGGGCCUGAUGGGAGCCCUGGACGGCGAGAACUGCGAGAAGCUGUAUCUCUUUUCCGUGCUCACCAUCUUCUUCGCCCUCGCCUGUCCCCGGAAAUCCUCCGACUCCCUGAUCAUGGGCGAGUCCUCCUUCCCGGACUGGCUGUUCCUCCUCCGCGGCACGCGGGGCCUGCUCAAGAUCCUCGACCCGCGCGCCUACACCGGGCCGCUGCUGCCCAUGUUCACCCACGGGCGCGAGCGCUACAUGCACACGCGCGACGAGUCCAAGAUCCAGUCGGACCUGCUGGCGGACCUGCAGCGCCUCGUGAACAAGACGUGCGCGAACCCGGAGCUGCUGCCCGUGUACAACCACGCCAUCGACGAGCUGCGGCGCACGCUGAGCGUGUUCCUGUGGGACGGCGGCCGCGGCAUGGACAUCACCGACGCCUUCGUCUGGAAGUACCUCAUGGCCGAGGACUUUCUGCCGCUGCUCAAGAGCCCCGGCGCGACGCAGGAGGCCGUGGCCAUCUUUUCGCACUUUUGCAUCCUGCUCAAGAGGCUGGAGAACGAGUGGUGGCUGCAGGGGUGGGCGACGCAUCUGAUAUCGAGGGCGUGGACGUUGUUGGACCAGGAUCAUCGGCUUUGGAUCCAGUGGCCGAUCGAGGAGCUCGGGUGGGUGCCGCCUUAA